UCUGCAGCCGGGGACCCCUCGCUCCGGCCCCCCUGGAUGCCCCGCGGCCUCUGGGCCUCCGGAUCCCGGCGCCCUGGAUGCCAUGAAGCAGCUGUGCCUGUGCGCCGCAGCCUCCUUAGCGCAGCUGCGGCUCAGCCCCACUGACCUUGGUUCCUGCCCGCCCUGCGGCCCCUGCCCCAUUCCGAAACCGGCAGCCAGAGGCAGGCGCCAGAGCCAGGAAUGGAGCAAAAGCGACGAACGGCUGCUGCAGGCGGUGGAGAACAAGGACCCCGCGCGUGUGGCUGCGCUCAUCACCCGCAAAGGGCUGGUGCCCACCAAGCUGGACCCCGAGGGCAAGUCCGCGUUCCACUUGGCAGCCAUGAGAGGUGUGGCCAGCUGUCUGGAGGCGAUGUUGACUCAUGGUGCCAACGUCAUGAGCACUGAUGGGGCAGGUUACAAUGCCCUCCACCUGGCCGCCAAGUACGGACACCCUGAGUGCUUGAAGCUGUUACUCCAGGCUUCCUGCGCUGUGGACGUGGUAGACAACAGUGGCUGGACCGCUCUGCAUCACGCAGCCGCUGGCGGCUGCCUUUCCUGCACCGACAUUCUCUGCUCCUUCAAGGCACAACUGAACCCUCGAGAUCGGUCAGGUACAACACCCCUCAUUAUAGCAGCUCAGAUGUAUCACACGGACCUGUGCCGCCUCCUUCUGCAGCGGGGUGCUGCAGCCAAUGAGCAGGAUCUACAGGGCAGGACGGCCCUGAUGCUGGCCUGCGAGGGAGGCAGCCCCGAAACUGUGGAAGCGCUGCUGCAGGGUGGGGCGCAGCCGGCCAUCACCGACGCUCUGGGCCAGGACGCGGCUCACUACGGCGCCCUGGCGGGAGACAAGCUCAUUCUGCAGCUCCUGCAGGAGGCGGCCCAGCGGCCUGCGCUGCCCAGCGAGUAUGACUCCGGGGAAGCUUCAUCUCAGAACUCUGUGUCCAGUCAUGAAAAACGAGGGGGCACCAAGAAGCGGAAGGCCCCUCAGCCCCCAGCCAGCACCCCAAUGCCGGAUGAUCGAGAAGCCUAUGAGGAGAUCGUGAGGCUGCGGCAAGAGAAAGGCCGUUUACUGCAGAAAAUUCGGGGCCUGGAGCAACACCAGGAACGCAGAAAGCAGGAGCUGCCGGAGGCCGAGGCCAGCUCCCUGCACAGCCUGGAGAGGCAGGUGCAGGAGCUCCAGCAAUUGCUGGCCGAGAAGCAGGAAGAGAAGGAGAAUCUGGGCCGAGAGGUGGAAAGUUUGCAGAGUCGCCUCUCACUGAUGGAGAACGAGCGGGAAAAUACCAGCUAUGAUGUAGACACCUUACAGGAUGAAGAGGACCUUCCUGCGGCCGAAGCUCUUGUCUCGAAGCAGCUGAGUUCACCGGCCCACAGCGACCUCUUAGCAGCGCUGCAAGACCAGGUGGCUGAGCUCACCAAGCAGAACCAGGAACUGAUGGAGAAAGUUCAGAUUUUGGAGACCUUUGAGGAGGACGAGGUGGAGGUGAACGGUUCGGCCCAGUUCAUCCCUCUGGCCGAGUAUGACGCGUUGCGGGCCGAAUUGGACGAACUCCGCAGGCAACAUGCCGAGGCUCUGCAGGUGCGGGAGCAACAGGCAGCACAGGACACCCCAAUAAAAGAGGAAGUCACCCCAGGGGGCAACAAGGUCUCUGGAACCACGGCGCCAAGGAACGGGCCAGCAGCCGCAGAGCCCGGAGACACUGCGGUUCCUGAAACCCAAAUCAAUGGGACCGACAGCACCGAGGAGGAAGCCGGAGGUGCUGGGACCAAGGAGACAGUCCCCGAGGAUGCUGAGACGCCCACAACUCAAAAGGCCACGGAUGUGGAGGCCAUGGAAGGCCCCAAAGGAGUUGGGACCAAAGAGCCAGCGGAGCUCAAAGCCAACGGGGCUGAGAUGACAGAAAUGCAAGCUGCAGAUGAGGAGGAAAAUCCAGUGGCAAAAGCCACGGGAGUGGAGGCCACGGAGGCAGAAGCCACGGAUGCGAAGGCCACCGACCCGGAGGCCAUGGGCCCCAAAGCAGAACGGCCACCAAUAAAGGCCGACACAGAGACGGUGGUGCAGACUGGGAAGGUGAAUGGGACCGAAGCCACAAGCCAGGCCACAGAAGGGGAGGCCACGGGACGGGAGGCCACCGACGGGGAAGCCAGCGGCCCAAGCCCGGCUCCCACCGGCUUCGUGCUCCACCCCGGCGCGGCGGAGGCCUGCGAGAAGCUGCAGGCCGAGCUGGAGACGCGGAUCCGCAGCUUGGAGGAGACGCUCCGGCAGCGGGAGCAAGAGGCAGCGGCGGAGCUGGAGGCGGCCAGGGGCAAGUGCCAGGCCGCAGAGGCCGAGGCCGGCCGGCUCCGGGAGCGGAUGCGGGUCGCGGAGGAGGGUCGCGGGGCGCCCAGCUGCAACGGCCUCGACGCCACGGCCACGGGGCAGCUGCGGGCAGCCCUGGAACAAGCCCGCCAGGACCUCCGGGCCCGGGACGCGCGUCUGCGGGAACUGGAAGCCACAUGCACCGGCCUGGACGAGGCCCGGGCCGGCCGGCUGCUGGCCGAGGAGGACGCCCGGGGCCUGCGAGCCGCCCUGGCCCAGCGGGACGAGGCGAGGCUGGAGCAGAGCCGGGAGCUGGCGGCCCUGCGGGAGCAGCUGGCCACGGCCACGGCGGCGGGCGACCAGCACCGCGCGGCGGCCACUGAGCUGGGCCAGGCGCGGGCCGUGGCCGAGGCGCGGGUGGCCGAGCUGGCCGCCGCCUGCGACGAGGCCCGGCGCGGCCUGGCGGAGCUGCGCGAGGCCUCCGAGGCCCUGCGCCAGGCCUCGGUGCCCGCGUCGGAGCACCACCGGCUGCAGGAGGAGGCCCUGGAGCUGCGCGGCCGGGCGGCGGGGCUGGAGCAGGAGGUGGUGGCGGCCGGCCGGGAGGCGGCCCGGCUGCGGGCCGAGCUGGAGCGCGAGCGUGCGGGCAGCGUGGCCCGGCUGGAGCACGAGCGCGUGGUGGGCGCGCUGCAGGCCGAGGUGGCCCGGCUGCAGGCGCAGCUGGAGGAGCUGGGGCGCCGGCACGAGAAGACCAGCGCCGAGGUCUUCCAGGUGCAGCGGGAGGCGCUGUUCAUGAAGAGUGAGCGGCAUGCGGCCGAGGCACAACUGGCUACGGCUGAGCAGCAGCUGCGGGGCCUGAGGACAGAGGCAGAGCGCGCCCGCCAGGCACAGAGCCGAGCUCAGGAGGCCCUGGACAAAGCCAAGGAGAAAGAUAAGAAGAUCACAGAACUGUCUAAGGAAGUCUUCAGUCUUAAGGAGGCUCUGAAGGACCAGCCUGCGGCGCCGGCCAACACAGAGGUGGAUGCUCUCCGGGGUCAAGUGAAAGCUUUGCAAGAGCAGCUGGAGGAGGCUGCCAAGGAGCACAGCGCCGUGGUCGCCUUGUAUCGAAGCCACCUGCUCUAUGCCAUCCAGGGCCAGAUGGACGAAGACGUGCAGAGGAUCCUGAGUCAGAUCCUGCAAAUGCAAAGGCUUCAGGCUCAAGGUCGCUGAGAGCCAUCCGCCCCGCCCACCAGCUCGGUGGCACCGCCCACUUUCCUUAGACCCGCCCACCAC